AAGCUGCGGCCGCCCACGGUGGACGCCCUCAGCCCCAGGGCAUUGCCGUAGGGCGUUCAGUUUUCCUCACUUGUGGCAAAACAAGCCAAGAGGAGGAACAGACACAGCCCUGGUAGUUGUGGUCCAGCCCUCAUUCUACAGAUAUGGCAAACAAGGGGAACAAGAAACGUCGGCAGUUCUCCCUAGAGGAGAAAAUGAAAGUUGUGGAAGCUGUGGACUCAGGCAAGAGGAAAGGCGAUGUGGCAAAAGAAUUCGGUAUCACUCCUUCUACUUUGUCUACAUUCUUAAAGGAUCGUGCUAAAUUUGAAGAAAAGGUGCGGGAGGCAUCUGUGGGACCCCAGAGGAAAAGGAUGAGGAAUGCUCUUUAUGACGACAUUGAUAAGGCUGUUUUUGCUUGGUUUCAAGAAAUCCAUGCCAAAAACAUUCUCGUGACUGGUUCUGUCAUUCGGAAAAAAGCACUAAACUUGGCCAACAUGCUUGGCUAUGACAAUUUUCAAGCAAGUGUGGGCUGGCUGAACAGAUUUCGGGAUCGCCAUGGAAUUGCUUUGAAAGCAGUCUGUAGAGAGGAUAGUGACAGAUUAAUGAAUGGUCUAGGAAUAGAUAAGGUUAAUGAGUGGCAUGCAGGGGAAAUUAUAAAACUAAUUGCUGACUACAGCCCAGAUGAUAUCUUUAAUGCUGAUGAGACAGGAGUGUUUUUCCAGUUGCUUCCCCAGCACACACUUGCUGCUAAAGGGGACCAUUGUAGAGGGGGCAAGAAAGCAAGGCAGCGGUUGACAGCACUCUUUUGUUGCAAUGCUUCAGGGACUGAAAAAAUGAGACCAUUGAUUGUUGGUAGGUCAGCCAACCCACGCUGCCUCAAGAAUGUCCAUUCCCUCCCUUGUGACUACCGAGCCAACCAGCAGGCGUGGAUGACACAGGAUCUCUUUAAUGAGUGGCUGAUGCAAGUGGAUGCCAGAAUGAAGCAGGCAGAACGCCGGAUCCUCCUGCUGAUUGACAACUGCUCCGCUCACAACAUGCUUCCACGCUUGGAAAGGAUUCAGGUGGGGUAUCUGCCCUCAAAGUGUACUGCCGUCUUGCAGCCACUGAAUCUUGGCAUAAUUCAUACCACAAAAGUGCUGUACAGGAGCCACCUGCUAAAACAGCUCCUCCUCAAGCUCAACAGCAGUGAAGAUCAAGAAAAAGUAGACAUCAAGCAGGCCAUUGACAUGAUUGCCGUGGCAUGGUGGUCAGUCAAGCAGUCCACAGUGGUGAAAUGCUGGCAGAAGGCAGGAAUCGUCCCUGUGGAAUUGAUAGAUUCUGACGCAGAAGCAGCAGCCAGUGAACCAGAUAUUGCCAUUGAAAAGUUGUGGCACUCAGUGGCUAUUGCCACCUGUGUCCCAAAUGAAAUAAAUUUCCAGGACUUUGUCACUGCAGAUGAUGAUCUCAUCAUCUCUCAGGAGCUGCUGGACACAGAGGUCAUCCAGGACAUGGUGGCUGGUGAAAGUACUGAUGAAGCUGGAAGUGAAGAUGAGGGGGAGGCAUCUUUACCACAGCAGCCAAAAGUCAGCAUCACAGAGGCCAUCUCAAGUGCACAGAAACUUAGAUGGUUCCUUUCCACUUGUGUAGGUGUUCCUGAUGCCAUUUUUGGACAGCUAAAUGGCAUAGAUGAAUAUUUAAUGAGAAGAGUGUCACAAACUCUUGUUGAUUCCAAAAUUACAGAGUUCCUCCAAACAAAAUAA